AUGUUGCUUCUAGAUGUCAUGUCAUCACCGAGCCCUCAGCUGCUGGUGGCAGCUGCUCAGCAGACCCUUGGCCUGGGAAAGAGACGGAGUCCACCCCAAGCCAUUUGCCUUCACUUAGCUGGAGAGGUGCUGGCUGUGGCCCGGGGACUGAAGCCAGCUGUGCUCUAUGAUUGCAACUGUGCAGGGGCAUCAGAGCUCCAAAGCUAUCUGGAGGAGCUGCAGGGGCUUGGUUUCCUGACCUGUGGACUUCACAUCCUUGAGAUUGGAGAAAACAGCCUGAUUGUUAGUCCUGAGCAUGUAUGCCAGCGCUUGGAGCAGGUGCUGCUUGGUACCAUAGCCUUUGUGGACGUUUCCGGCUGCCAGCCUCACCCUUGUGUCUGCUCCCUGGACCAGCUUCAGGACUUGAAGGCCCUCGUGGCUGAGAUCAUCAUACAUUUGCAGGGGCUGCAGAGGGACUUAUCUCUAGCAGUCUCCCAUAGCAGGCUCCAUUCCUCAGACUGGAAUCUCUGUACUGUAUUUGGGAUCCUCCUGGGCUAUCCUGUCCCCUAUACCUUUCACCUGAACCAGGGAGAUGACAACUGCUUAGCUCUGACUCCGCUACGAGUAUUCACUGCCCGGAUCUCAUGGUUGCUAGGUCAACCCCCAAUCCUGCUCUAUUCCUUUAGUAUCCCAGAGAGCUUGUUCCCAGGCCUGAGGUACAUUCUAAACACCUGGGAGAAGGACCUCAGAACCCGAUUUAGGACUCAGAAUGACUUUGCUGAUCUCAGCAUCUCCUCUGAGAUAGUCACACUGCCGGCUGUGGCCCUCUGACUUUAACUCUCCUCUCAUACAGAAGUUUCAGGUAUUCUCAAGGUUUCAUUGGGAGCUGACAAAGUGGUUAGUGCUGGGAUUCCUUCCCAGGGUGCAAAGAGAAGGAUACUGGAAGAAAGAGAGAGAAAGAAGAUGGAGACAGUAAUCUAGUGAAUUAGAGACUAAAGUGAAAAUGGCCAAGCCAGAACUGGGUAAGUAGGAAUGGGUGUGUUAUUCUCUAUCUGAUGGCAUUUCUAGAAAGUAAGAUCUCAUUUACUUCUAGAUUCCCGAGAUGGAAGUAUCCUUCAGAAUGCUUACCUGGGUACACGUGUACAGCUGGUUUUCUAAGGAUCUCAGUUUCCCCUUUAGUUUAUCUUCAUUAAGCUGUCCCUAGAGCAAAUGGGAUGAGUUAAUGAACUUGGGCCAAAAUCUAGCCUGCAAAGUGUUUGACUCUAUAUUCCUAUCCUACUGCCCAACGCAUAGUUGGUGCUCAAACAGUGAACUCUCUCAGGAGGUAGGCAGGAGCACAGAUGACAAAGGAUGUUGGAUAGAAGAGGAUCUUCUCUUUCCCUGGACUAGGUCAAGAUAGAAUCAGACUGGCCUCAAGUCCUCUUUCUACCUUGAUUUUUAUCAAAUGGCUCCGGGUCGCAUAGCAGGGGGUUGGGAGGCCCUGGAAGGAAAGCUUCUAAGCUACCCUUUCACUCACUACCUUCCCUCCCCGGUCUAGGCACUUCUGCACUCCUCACCUCUUCUCAGUCUUGUACGUGGACUUUUACCUGUAAAAUAUAGGCCAGUAAGGCUAACACAGUCUCCCCUCCCAGGAGAAUAUUUAUUCCCUCCCUUAUCCAUUGUUAUGGGCUCAUUUGUAUCUCCUCAACAUUCCUAUGCUGAAGUCCUAAGCCCCGAGUGCCCCAGAAUGUGACCAUAUUUGGAGAUAGCGUCUUUAAAGAUGUAGUUACGUUAAAAUGAGGCCAUUAGACUGGGCCCUAAUCCAAUAUGAUGAAUGUCCUUACUAAAAGAGGAGAUCAGGACACUGCGGGAAAGCACAUGGAGACACAGAGAGAGAUGACAGGGGAGAGACCACAGGAGAAACGAACUCUGCCCACACCUCCAUCUCAGACUUUUGGUCUCCAGAACUGUGAGAAAAAAAGCUUCUGUUGUUGAAGCUCCACUGACUGUGGUACUUUGUCAUAGCAGCUCUAGGAAAUUAAUAUACUCUCCUCCCUGCCACACACACCUGCACAUAUACACACACCUCCACGUGCACAUGCACACUUCCACAUGCACACACACACCUCCACCUGCACAUGCAUACCUCCACCUGCACACACACACACACCUCCACCUGCACACACACACCUCCGCAUGCACACGCAUACCUCCACCUGCACACACACACUUCCACAUGCACACACACACCUCCACCUGCACACACACACCUCCUCAUGCUACCUCCACCUGCAUACGCACACCUUCACCUGCACAUCCAUACUUCCACUUGAACAUGCACAGGCACACUUCCACCUGCACAUACACACACACGCUUCCACCUGUACAUGCACACUUCCACCUGCACAUACACACCUCCACAUGCACACGCACACCUCCACCUGCACACCUCUACCUGCACAGUACACCUGCACAUGCACACCUCCACCUACACAGUACACCUCCACCUGUGCAUGCACACCUCCACCUGUGCAUGCACACCUCCACACACGCACGCACACCACACACGCACACCUCCACAUGCACACACACCACCUGCACAGUACACCUCCACCUGCACACUCACAUUUCCACCUGCAUACGUACAUUUCCACCUGCAGACACCUCCACAUGCACACACACACUUCCACAUGCACGUGGACAACUCUACCUGCACACAGACACCUCCACCUGCACACACUUCCACCUGCACACGAACACCUCCUCCUGCACACACACCCCUCCACCUGCACGUGGACACCUCCACCUGCACACACACCCCUCCACCUGCACACGGACACCUCCGCCUGCACACACUUCCACCUGAACACAGACACCUCCUCCUGCACACACGCCCCUCCACCUGCACAUGGACACCUCCACCUGCACAUGGACACCUCCAUGUGCACACACACCCCUCCACCUGCACAUGGACACCUCCACCUGCACACACUUCCACCUAAACACAGACACCUCCACCUGCACACGGACACCUCCACUUGCACACACUCACACCUCCACCUGCACACACAUACUUCCACAUGCACAUGUACAUACUAGACUCAAGAUGAGAACUUCUUUAAGAAAGGAAGAAACAGAGAUAUUAAAGCAGAGUGAGAGUGGCAGUGGGUGUGAGCAAGCUUCCCGGAAAGUCACAUUCUAUUUAUUCAUAAGCUGGGUCUGUCUAAUGGCAUUUUGGACAUUCCAAGACAGAUGCUAAUCUCAAGGGCGAGAGGGGAGCAAGGCUGGCUUGAAGAGCCAGUCUCUGUUUCUCAGUUAGUCAGUAUUUCAGCUGAGCAGCUAACAGCUUCCUUGCUGCUUUGUUGUCCCUGCAUUUGUAGACUUGCCCCUUUUUCCCAGGUAGGGGUUUCGUUCUUCCAGCCUGGAGUUUUGCGUAGGGUAUAUGUGUGUAGGGGAUGGGGCGGGGGUUCCAUCAAUGAGAGCAGGUUUUCCAGAGAAAGGGCAGUAGCCACUUUUCCUAUCCUUUCUCUGGCUUUUUCCAACUAGGCCAAGUGGGACAAUUGUGAAGUUUGAAAUUCCACCUCUCUUCAGGCCUGAGGCACCGUGGGCCCUCUCAGUCAUACAGCCUGGACGUUCCUAUCUCUUAUAACAUUUCCGGUCUGUAACGGUCUGGGGGCAAAGGAGGGAGCUGGGUGUUCAGGUCUGCUUCCCUCAGUGAGUUUCAGGGUGCCUGGGGGAGGCAGGAAGUGGUAUCUUGCAGCUCCUGUUUUGAUCUUGUUUGGCUGAUUCUUCUAACCAUGGGAGCCGGGGGUGCCCCCACCCUUUCUGCUUCCUGUGUUUCUCAGCUGGGGCUUGAAAAAGCAAAAAGCAUUGCCAAAAAUAAUUUUUUUAAAUGGCUCCUGUUAUUAAUGUUUUCCCUAACGUCUCAUGUGAGGGAGAGCGUCUCAGGUGAGGGGGAGCGGAGAGUCUGGGAUUUGGCAUCUACAGUAAGCACAGGGCUUUGGGAGCAAUGGAAGACGUGGACAAAGACUUCCACUGUUUGAGCUUUGAAGUAACUGUUGAAACGGCUGCAUUCCACAGUGGCCUGCUCAUUGUCAAUCCACAGGUUCUGAAAUCAACUGGCUCUACCCCUACCUCCUCUAGUUCACAUCUUCCAAUUCCACGCAUUUGCUUUUGCCCAAACUCUUUCUACACAGAAUACCAUCAAACCUACCAAGUUUAAGGUUUAUCUUGCUCUAUUUUGGGAAGAAAACAGGCCAAGGCAAUAUUCUUAAAAUGUCCCCAGUCUCCUGCCCUUUCGGGGUAUCUCCUCUCUCCCUAUUCCAUAGUAUGGCUUUAAUCCAAUAUUUUGCCUCUUCCAGCUGUUUUUGUAUUUUAGCCCAACCGAGAUAAAUUUUCCAUUUGUGUUGCAAUGGAAGACAAUUCAUAACAGCCCCUUCAGUGGGGAUGAAGGGCCAUCCAAGUCUGGAGCUUGAACAAAAACCUCUUUCCACAGCUCUGCUUUUCUGGACUCCCCAAGACGUCACAAAAGUCACAGCCAAGUUGUUGCAUGUGGGGCAUGUAGUUUCCUGGUCUGAGCCCCAGGGCUCCCGACACUGAAGCCCAGUCUUACAAUAUGUGGGAAGAAGCACUUCUUACAGGCCUACUGCUGACCUUCUAGGCAGCUAGACCCCGGGAUCCCAGGGCUCAGAGGGCACAUAACCCCCAGUGGAGAGAGGAGCAAGGUGGAGGCCAUACACACCUGGUGCCGGUCUGAGGUCUUCAGCUCCUGCUUCUGCGUGGUUUUCCCCCGCCUCUGAUCUACUCUCCAGAAACAGCACCACCUCACCACAGAAGCAGCAGCCCACAGCUCAUCUCUCUGCUCUAGUAGAGGAUGCUUAGGGCUUGCAGCCAAUCCCCCGCUGCGCUGUCAUCUCAAGAUCUUAAUUCCAUGUUGCAGAUCUUCAAACCCAAGGCUGCCCUGCUCUCGUUUUUGUAUUGCACAAUAUUGAGGGCUUGCUUUCUUUGCUGGCAGAGCUGUUUCUGCCCUGAAGGUUGGACCCUGCUCAGGAGUCUCAAUAGUGCCCUAGGACCUAUGGUAUCCAAAAGGCCCAGAGACAUUUGGAGGUGGAGCCCCUGGAGGGAGCUGAUCCUUGGGGUUCUAACAGGGAGUUUGUGGUGAGUUCUCAGCAUGCGAAGUUGGAAAUUCAAAUUUAUGAAGGUCAAAUGGAAAAAAUAAAGGUCUGAACCAGUUCUGGCUACAUUCUUCCAGUGAUUUUUCCCAAAUAGCACAGUCUAGGGCUAUCCUUUUAUUGAAGUUGAAGCUUUCAUGGAAGGGAUAAAGAGUUGAAUUGCCUUGUUUUAGAGGAAGCAAUAGCUGUCAACUGAAAAAGCCUGAGACUGUUUUUCUUUAAAGCUGAAAGCUAGGGGGUUGGUGGAGAGGAGGGAGGAAGAAGAGAAGGGUGAGGAUUGGGAGGGGUGAGAAGAAGGGAGGGAGAAAACUGCAACCAAGGGAACUUCCUCUGUUGGGAUGGAGCAUGGGGUGAAACUCCUCCUCAGAGACAAACCCAGAAAUGUCUCUUCAUAUAUCACCCCUCAUUCCCACAGAGCUUGCUUUGAUUCAAGUUCUGGUUGUGUCUUACCUGGGAUAUUACAAGAGUCUCAACUCUCCCAACCCCCGCUUGGAGCCAGGGUCCUUAUUGCUACAAGUUAGAGAAUCCUUGAACUCUCCUCCCUCUUGUUGUUUUUUUUUUCAAGACAGGGUCUCGCUCUGUCACCCAGGCUUGGACCUCCUGGGCUCAAGCGAUCCUCCUGCCUUAGCCUCCCAAGUAACUGGGACUAUAGGUGUAUAACACCAUGCCCGGCUAAUUUUUUAAUUUUUAGUAGAGAUGAGGUCUCACUAUGUUGCCCAGGCUGGUCUUGAUCACUCAAGUGAUCCUUCUGCCUUGGCCUCCCAAAGUGUUGGGAUUACAAGAGUGAGCCACUGUGUCCAGCUGGAAGUUAGAGAACCCUUUAAGACACAGAUCUGAUCAUUCACAAGUCAUUUCUACAGAUAGUAAUUGCAUACCUUCUAAGGAUGAGCCAGACAUUGCUAAGUGUAGGAUGUUAAGCCUCAAUAAAGCCUAGUUCCAUCCCUCCUCAGCUUAUUACCUAUAGCAGUGUUUCUCAAGCUGGGUAGCAUGCAUUCUAAUGGAUCUCUGAUUGUAUAUAUAUAUAUACAUAUAUGGGUUUCCUUUACAAAUGGGUCCAUGCAUUAUUCAAAUUUGAGAUAACCUUGUUCAACAGAAAAAAUUUAAGACCCAUAAUUCUAGAGACCUGUCUGAGAUCCACUGGUCUGACAUACCCUCAUUUCAGCCAUACUCUGCUAUCCCCAGUUCUUUGUCAUUCACAGGCCUGUAAUCAUUCCAGUUUCUUUGCCUUAAACAUCCUUCUGCUUUCUGCUUUUUUUCUUCAUCAUCACUCCUGUUUUUGUACUGGUGAGCUCCUACUGAUUCUUCAAGAUUCAGCUAAAAUGGUUUCUUUUCUUUAUUAUUACUAUUUGAGACAGAGUCUUGCUCUGUCACCCAGGCUGGAGUGCAGUGGUGUGAUCUUACUGCAACUUACACCUCCUGGGUUCAAGUGAUUCUUGUGCCUCAGCCUCCCAAGCAGCUGGGACAUUAGGUGUGUACCAUUACACUCACCUAAUUUUUGUAUUUUUGGUAGAGAUGGCAUUUCACCAUGUUGGCUGGGCUGGUCUUGAACUCCUGACCUCAAGUGGUCCGCCCUCCUUGGCCUCCCAAAGUGCUUGGAUUACAGUCAUGAGCAGCCAUGCCUGGCCAGGUUUCUUUCCUUUAAAGCCUUCCCUGUUCCACCUCAGGCAGAAUAAUUGCUGCCUUCUUUCUGUUUUCCCUGCAUCACUCUGUAUAUACUGCUGCUACAGCUGUAUUGUACUGUUUUGGUGUUAUUUAUUAUGUGUCUCUGUGUUCAUGGCUGGAGUGUGAGCUCCUCAAGAGUUAGGACUGUAAUGCUUUUUGUCCUUGUAGCAAAGGGCUCAGCACAGAGUUGGAACUUAUCAAAUGACUGUCAAACAAAUGAGAUGAUCUCAAUUUAGUUCGGGACUGGAAACCACCUCACAUGCACAGCUGUCAGCCUCUGUCAAUGAAAAUGACCUAACAAUUAGAAGCCCUGACCAUGCAUUCAAAAUUCCAGGUACAUCGGACAUUUCCGAUGUGAGGAGCAGGGCUGAGCUUAAGAAGUCUUUUUUACGUCACUGCAACUUCUCAGUUUUGUUCUAUACCCUCCUGUCAUCUUUCUGUCUAUCCUUGAGGUAGGGUGUGAUGUCACACAGGCCAGUGAGGUUGUGUGUUCUGUCUCUUUCCACCUGGUGCUUUAUGCUUUGGUGGUGUCAAAAUGCUUAUAACUCAUGCUUCAGCAUGGGGAUUCUGAGGAACCUUGGGAAUCCCUAAGACCCUUUCAAGGGAUCAGCGAAGUCUUAGCUUUUCUAAUGACAUAUUUGUGUGAGACUGAAUUUUUCUUCAUGUUUAAACCAACAGAUUGAAUGCAGAAGCAAAUAUGAGAAUCUAGCUCUCUUUUUCUUGCCAGACAUUAAACAUUAAAAAUAUUUGCAAAAGUGUAAAGCAAUGACACUCUUGCCACUAAUUUUAUUUUGUUUUUGAAAAUGUGGUUCUUUUUCUUUUUCUAUUUUGAGACAGAGUUUCACUCCCAUCACCCAGGCUGGAAUGCAGUGGUGCAGUCAUGGCUCCCUGCAGCCUCCGCCCCUGAGGCUCAAGAGAUUCUCCUGCCUCAGCCUCCCAAGUUGCUGAGACUACAGGUGCAUGCCAACACACCUGGCUAAUUUUUUAUAUUUUUAGUAGAGACAAGCUUUCACCAUGUUGCCCAGGCUGGUCUUGAACUCUGGAGCUCAAGUGAUCUUCCUUUCUCAGCCUCCCAAAGUGCUGGGUUACAGGUGUGAACUGCUGCACCCAGACUGUUUUUCUUUUCUUUCUUUUUUAUUUUUUGAGACGGAGUCUCGCUCUGUCACCCAGGCUGGAAUGCAGUGAUAAGAUCUUGGCUUAUUGCAACCUCUGCCUCCUAGGCUCAAGUGAUUCUCAUGGCUCAGCCUCUGGAGUAGCUGAGAUUACAGGUGUACACCACCAUAUGCAGCUAAUUUUUGUAUUUUUAGUAGAGAGAGGGUUUUGCCAUGUUGACUGGGCUGGUCUCCAACUCCUGACCUCAGUUGAUCUGCCUGCCUCAUCCUCCCAAAGUGGUGGGAUUUACAGGUGUGGGGCACCGCGCCUAGCCAACUGUCUUAAUUUCUAAUAUGGUAAAUAUAAAAAUCUCUUAUAGAUUUUCAGCAAUUUAAAAAGUAUAAAGAAAUCCUGAAAUUAAAAGGUUGGAGAACCAUUGUAUUAGACUGUAUCAUGUCUUUAGAUCUUUUUUUGUUUGUUUGAGAUGGAGUCUUGCUCUGCCACCAGGCUGAAGUUCAAUCUUGGCUGACUGCAACCUUCACCUCCUGGGUUCAAGCAAUUCCCCUGCCUCAUUCUCUUGAGUAGCCAGGACUGUAGGCGCAUGCCACCAUGCCUGGCUUGUUUUUUGUAUUUCUAUUUAGAUGGGGUUUCACCGUGUUGGCCAGAAUGGUCUCCAUCUCCUGACCUUGUGAUCCAGCUACCUCAGCCUCCAAAAGUGCUGGGAUGGUUCAGCCACCGUGCCUGGCCUUUUUUUUUUUUUUUGAGGCAGAGUCUCACUCUGUUGCCCAGACUGGAGUGCAAUGGUGUAAUCUUGGCUCAUUGCAACCUCUACCUUCUUGGUUCAAGUGAUUCUUGUGCUUCAGCUUCCUGAGUAGCUGGGAUUACAGGCAUGUGCCACCGUGCCUGGCUAAUUUUUUUUUCUUUUUUUUGUAUUUUUAGUAGAGACAGGGUUUUGCCAUGUUGGCCAGGCUGGUCUCGAACUCCUGACCUCAGGUGAUCCACCCGUCUUAGCCUCCCAAAGUGCUGGGAUUACAGGUGUGAGCCACUGCGCCUGACCUUGCCUUUAGAUAUUUGCCUGUGCCCCAACUAGAAUACUACUCCUGUUUCCAUAUUUUUCUGGCAAAUACUUAUAUAAGUAUUCCCUUGGCUAUUUUCUUCUCUGGAGUCAAUCAUUCCUUCUUGUAUUUUCCUAUAUCCUCAAAACAUUUAUUUUUCAUGUUUUUGUAUUGUUUAGUAAUGUGUCUUUCUUAUAAAACCAUUAGCCUUCUCAAAAGAAGAACGCUAUCUAAAUAAUCUAAUUAUUUCUAGUGCUAGUCCGGUGUUCCAUAUAGAGGACAUAACCUAUGAAUAUUGUACACUGAAUGGACUAAAAUCAAAGGCCUGAAUCUGCCACUAACAGCUGUGUGACUUUAGACAAGUUACUUGACCCCUGUGAAACUCAGUUUCCUCAUGGGCAAAAAGAGUAUUAGACCAGAUUGUCUCUAAGGCCCCUUCCCACUCUGAUAUUCAUAUUCAGACUGAGUGGGUACAUGGCAUGCUGGUUGGGAUAAAUAUCAGUGUGAAUCCUAUACAAAAAUGUUUGACAUUUACCAUAUUCAGAAAUGUAAACUAUAUUGGGAUCUUCCUUCAUUCCCUCCAACAAAUUAAAAAAUAGGAAUUCUUGCCACUUUUGGUUCUGGGUCUUCCUUGGAUGUGUAGCAGUGUGACCCUCAGGUGAUGACCCAUAUAUUUAUUGUGACCUGUUUGACUUCUAAGUCUGAGUGCCAACCCCCUCAUCUUCUGCCCCCUCCCAGCCCACUUUUCAGUGUGAGAAAACCCAGUCUCUUACUGUGAUGAUGUGGAAAGAAAAAUGAGAUGGGAACACAUACAAGCCCAUGAGCUCUGUUCAAAAGAAAUUUCAUUCCCUUACCUUCCAAGAGCUGUCAGAGGCCUGAAUCAGAGUGGACAGUAGGUCUUGGAGAAUCACCAUUUUCUGUUUUAGGACCAGCUCCCUUUGUAGGGCCUCCUGGGGGUGCAGGCACAAAAUGCAAGAGGGUCAGUUUAACCUAGAGGCGCAGGGGGUAGGUAGAUGGAGGAACUGAGGGGAGAGGUCACAUGCCACUUACUUUGAGGUAAUCAGAAAGCUGGAUGAUUUCCUGGAGAGGAAGAACAAGGGUAUUCGAAAUGUCUCUAGGUCCCCUGAACUGCUGGGGCAUAGAACCAGAGCCUGGGUUGGCUUGUGUAAAGCAAACCUCUUCUGCUUUGGCUCUGAUAGGGUCCCGUUAGGCCCCAUGUCUAUGCUUAGUACCCCCUUGCCAUCCAGGAAGAAGAUGCUCCUUCAUCCCAGCCAAGUUUAUCAUGAAAUUCCAGAAUGUCAGAGCUUAAUACUUUCUGAUUCGACCCCUUCAGUUAAUAUGUGCUUACCUUAUCCAGAACUGCGACUCCAAAACUAGGAAGAGAAGAAAUUAAAAAUAAUGAUAAUGGACCAAAGAAUCAAAUCAGGAGGCAGUGGGUUGAUUCCUUCUGAAAUCCCUUCUGAAGAGCCAGAAGGGUGGGGAAGAACUUUCUCUUUCUUAAUUAAGGUGGACAUAGAAAUUCAGUGUGUUCUCUCUAGAGAGGAGUGGAUGGGAUACGAGAGAGUUAGGGUCAGGAACUCACUUGGUUUGCUGACUGGCAUCGUUCUUAAUUGUUGGUCCUUCUGCCUUUGUCUGAGUACCUGAGAGAUGGAGGAUAAGGUGAUUUAGAACCUAUGGGGAAGAAGUAGGGCGGGACAGGGACUCUCCAUUGCCAGUGAGCUGGGACAGCUGUCACAGGAUUCUUUGCAGGCCCUGUGGAGUAAGGGAGGCUCUGCUCUUACCACGGUGGUGUUUGGGUGGCUUCUUGAUGGGAGGGUCCUGUGGAGGAAGGCCCCCAGCCUGUGAGGAGAGAUGGUCAGUCAGAUCCCUGCAGAUGCCUGAGGGAGGAGGAUGCUGGGCUGGAAAGACCUCAGAGCUGGUCCCUGCCACCUGGAAGGCAAGUGGGGAACACUGAAAACCACUGCCUGGAGCCUCUUGAAAGAUUCUCCUGACGAUUUCAGAAGGAAGAACCAACCAUCAUGUUUGUGAUGGACUUGCCCCCACAUCCCUGCCCAAAUCUGUGUUGAAAUCCUAACUCCCAAUGUGAUAGUGUUAGGAGGUGGAGCCUUUGAGAAGUAACUAGGUCAGAGGGGGAAGCCCUCAUGAAUGGGAUUAGUGCCGUUAUAAGAAGAGACAUGAGAGAGCUUGCUUUCUCUCUCUGCUCUCUGCCUUGUGAGGAUACAAUGAGAAGAAGGCCAUCUGCACACUGGGAAGAGUGCCCUUAUCAAACACCAGAUCUGCAGGAUUCGUGGUCUUAGACCUCCAGACUCCAGAAUUGUAAGAAAUAAAUUUCUGUUAUUUAAGCCA